CUUGGCAUAUAAAUAAAGCGAUAACAUGACAUUUUAGCAAUUACAGAUUUCUUGCGCCGUCGGGGGCUUCAUCUUUCCUGCGCGCCAGCCUCUUCUUCACCUGAAAGCUUUAGCUCAAAAUGGUUCUCCCCAACGAUGUCGAUUUGCUGCAUCCGCCGGUGGAGCUGGAGAAGAGGAAGCACAAACUCAAGCGUCUCGUUCAGUCGCCCAAUUCUUUCUUCAUGGACGUGAAAUGCCAGGGCUGUUUCAACAUUACAACUGUUUUUAGCCACUCUCAAACCGUCGUGGUCUGCGGUAACUGCCAGACGGUGUUAUGCCAGCCAACUGGUGGCCGCGCUAGGCUCACUGAGGGAUGCUCCUUCAGGAGGAAGGGGGACUGAGACUGCCAGGUCACCAGUGCUACAUCACCAUCUCUCUUUCCUAUUUCGUCAUCUUUUGUCGUUCUUGGCUUUGAACGAAGCCUUUUUCUUUUUCAUUGUUGGAAAUUUUACUUUUUUAGUGGUUGGGUAUUCUAAUGCUUUUCUUCCGGUUAUUUUAGCCAAUUAACUUCCUGAUUUACUGUAACCUCGGUUUUGAGUACUGAUCCACUUAUAAUAGAUAAUGCAUUGUUUUUCGUUGCUUUUCA